UCAGCAGAUGAAACCAGCCUCCUCGGUUUGUUCGGUUAAGACUGACUCACUGCUGCAUCGUGUCGGUGAAAUCCUCUCUCCACAGCUUCACUUCACAGUUUCCCGGAGGACUUUGUGACCAAAUCGCCGGAGAAUCGCAGUCUGGAGGUUUUUAAACCUGCAACUUUCAGCUCCAGGUGCAGGAGGCACAGCGCAGAGAGUGGACAGAUCACAGCACACAGCAUCAAGAGAUAUAUCACGCAGGGAGCUGACGUCUCAUUCUCUGGAAAGUCUGGGCUGAGUGUUACUGAAAUCAUGAAAACGUACAGGAGCUAACACAGCGGGGUUUCGUCCACACACACCCGAAAACAGCAGCCGAGUGAGGGCUUCUAAAGACUUUGUCCAAAAUUGCUUCUUGGACUUGUUUUUUCGUUCUAAAUCGCUGCUGACUGCCGGAAGCUCCCCCCCCGCCGCACACACACACACACACUGUCACCAUGAGCGCCUGCAGCAGGAAGGCCCUGACGUUGCUGAGCAGCGUCUUUGCAAUCAGCGGCCUGGGGCUGCUCGGAGUGGCAGUCAGCACCGACUACUGGCUGUACCUGGAGGAGGGCAUCAUUAUGCCUCUGAACCAGAGCACCGCCAUCAAGACCUCGCUGCACUCCGGCCUCUGGAGGGUCUGCUUCCUGGCCGGCGAAGAGACCGGUCGCUGCUUCACCAUCGCGUACAUCAUGCCCAUGAACGUCCAGCUGACGUCAGAGUCCACAGUCAACAUGCUCAAGAUGAUCCGCUCAGCCACUCCGUUCCCUCUGGUCAGCCUCUUCUUCAUGUUCAUCGGCUUCGUCCUCAACAACAUCGGCCACGUCCGGCCUCACCGCACUAUCCUGGCGUUUGUCUCGGGGAUCUUCUUCAUCCUCUCAGGUCUGGCUCUGGUGGUGGGCCUGGUGCUGUACAUCUCCAGUAUUAAUGAUGAAAUGCUGAACAGGACUAAGAGCAGCGAGGCCUAUUUUACCUACAAGUAUGGCUGGUCCUUUGCCUUCGCUGCCAUCUCCUUCCUGCUCACUGAGAGCGCAGGCGUCAUGUCCGUCUACCUGUUCAUGAAGCGCUACUCAGCAGAGGAGAUCUACCAGCCCCGUCACCCCAGCUUCUACCGCCCUCGUCUCAGCAACUGCUCCGACCACUCGGGCCAGUUCCUCCACCCGGAGGCCUGGUCACGCGGGCGGAGUCCCUCUGACAUCUCCAGCGAGGCUUCGCUCCAGAUGAGCGCCAGCUACCCGGCUCUCCUCAAAUGCCCCGAAUAUGAUCAGGUCUCGUCUUCACCCUGCUGAGCCAUCCCAGCAGAGCACACCUGCAGAUGCCUGAGGGGUCAGUGAAGGGUCACCAAGGGUCACAAGGACGGAGUUUACUUUCAAGCACCAGAUACAACUUAGAUAUUUUACUGUGAGUUUGAUGUUUUUCAGGGAGAAAUGAUGUGCAGCUUUGACUCUGUCCUGAGGACAUCGGGACAAGGUCCUCGUGAGCAGCUUGUGGCUUUUCUAUCGGGUCAGAGAUACUUUUUUGGGGAAUUGGUUGUUGUAGCAGAACAUGUUUUUAAUAGGUGGAGAGGAAGUCUUUAAACAUAACAUGGUUAUGGUGUUAUUUCUUCUGCAAAACUCUGAAAAAGUUCAUAUCUGGUAGAUUGCCCUUUUAAUUUUAUCUGAAAGGGGCUCUUUGUUUCAUGUAUUGUAUCUGUGCUAUUUACCCUCCAGUGCCUCAGAGCUGUUUCUUUAUGUGAAUAUCUUGCCUUCAUCAUUUUACCAUACAUCAGUAUUUCCAUUGCUUUAGAACGUAGAACUCUGCCCCUUAUAGGUGCAAUAUUUAAGAAUUGGCAAAAAGAAAGUGGGUUUUCACAAAAUCAAACACAUUUUCUGAUACUGUACUUCCGAUCAGCAUUUAGUUUACGCUGGCUAAUCAGUGUAUUUACAUCACAGUCUCCCAUCGUCCUGUUGGGUUUAAAGGUCCCAUAUUGUAGAAAGUGAGAUUUCCGUGUCUUCUUUGACUAUACAGCAGGUCUCAGUACUACACAAAUAUUGCAGAAGAAUCAAAACACUUUAUUUAAGAAAGUGUUGUGCUUUAUUGUGCUAUCAAACGAGCCACCAGGACUCUUGUGAAGGUGUCAUGUUUCUGUCAGACUUCUGAGGUGGUAUUGCAGGACAGGAUGGGCCGGGGCUUGCUGGUUAGCAUGCUAACCUCAGUUGACAACUGUUUAACACAGGACAUAGACACUAAAACAUCAAAAGUACUUUCUUCACAUUCUGUUGAUGACUUUAGGUAUUUUUGUAAACUUUUUUUUUUUUUUACAUAUUGCAGCUUUAACCCUGACAGUAUUGAUACCUGAGGACAAAACCUCCCACAUCAGACAAAUCUAAACCAUUUCUCUCAUAGCAAAGCACCCUGCAGCGCUGCGGUGUGAUGAAAUUAAAGGAAGAUUCCAUCACAGCAUCCAUACAGCCAUCAAACAGAGGGGCAGGUUACGGUCCUGGAGGGGAACAGGGUAAAGAGAAAUCCUGUGAAGCUUCCUGAAGUGUUAUUGGGUUUGCUUUUUGCUGUGUGUGUUUUACAUGGGAUGCUUUUUUGUCUCCUAACGCUGUAGGGAAAAAAAAAAUACAAGAUAUGAUUCAAAUGUUAUAAAUGUGUCAUCAAAGGAGGACUUUGUGGUCUCUAGAGACACCGAGGUACAAGAACACAUUCAGAAUGAACCAGCUGAGAUCAUGCACAAUUGUUUUAUAUAGAUUUGUUUUAUAUAAAAUAUGUACAGCUGUUGGACAUUAUGUGAAUUCAUGGUAGGAGUGGAUGUAAAUAUGAUCAAGUGCUUUGGAUCUGAGUGUCGCUCUAGAUUCAGCGAGGCUGAGAAGAAUUCAUCUGUAAAAUAAAUGUCUGUGGUCA